GGCCCAUUGACGACAGCGCAGGCAGUGCUGCAACACUCCUUUCCUGACAACUCCAGCGAUGCCUUCUGAGGAAUCCAGCCCUCUUUUGGGCACCAGGCAUGAGCCUGCAGGGAUCCAGGGAGCCUCACCGCUGGAUGUUUAUCUCAGCAGAGUCCAGAACAGGAAUCUCUACCUGGCCACGUUUGCCGCCGUGUUGGGACCACUAAGUUUCGGAUUCGUCCUCGGUUACAGCUCUCCAACCAUCCCAGCCUUGAAGCAAAGCGCCAAUCCAGCUUUAAGACUUGAUGACAACCAAGCAUCUUGGUUUGGGUCUGUAGUGACUCUGGGUGCUGCAGCUGGCGGAAUUCUGGGAGGUUACGUGGUAGAUAAAAUUGGCAGGAAGCUGAGCCUGAUGGUUUGCACGCUCCCAUAUGUUGUUGGCUUCACAAUCAUCAUUGCUGCCCAGAACAUCUGGAUGCUUUACGUCGGCCGGAUCCUGAAUGGCUUGGCCAGUGGCGUCACAUCCUUGGUGGUUCCGAUAUAUAUUUCUGAAGUGGCUCACUCCAAAGUUCGAGGAAUGCUGGGAUCGUGCGUUCAGCUGAUGGUGGUGAUAGGCAUCCUGGGAGCUUAUGUGGCAGGCACGGGGCUCAAGUGGCGCUGGCUAGCAGUUCUGGGAUCCGUCCCACCCUGCUUCAUGCUUGGGAUCAUGGCUUUCAUGCCGGAGACGCCUCGUUUCUUGCUGCGUCAGCACAAGCGCUCUGAAGCCAUUGCCGCUCUGCAGUUUCUGCGGGGACCCCUGGUGGACCACGAGUGGGAAUGCAGUGAGAUCGAAGCAAACACUGACGAGCAGCAGAAACUGGCUAUAGCAGAGUUCAAGAAUCCAGCCAUCUACAAGCCGUUCCUGAUUGGAAUCACCAUGAUGUUCUUCCAGCAAGUGUCGGGGAUCAACGCCAUCAUGUUUUAUUCAGAAACCAUCUUUGAGGAGGCCAACUUCAAGAACAGCAGUGCUGUGACAGUCGCCGUGGGGUCCAUACAAGUCUUUUUCACAGCAGUGGCUGCUCUCUUCAUCGACAGAACAGGAAGGAGAAUCCUUCUGGUUGUGUCAGGGAUCAUCAUGGCCAUCAGUGCAGCAGUGUUUGGGAUCUACUUCAAAAUCAUAGCCCCAAGUCCCGGCAACUCCUCCCACAUCAACUCGCUGAGUCCUGCACUCAUGGAGGAAGAGCACCACCUCUCCUGGCUGGCAGUGUUGAGUCUGGGUCUCUUCAUCAUGGGUUUUGCCCUGGGCUGGGGCCCCAUCCCGUGGCUGGUGAUGUCUGAAAUAUUCCCCCUCCGAGCACGAGGGGCAGCCAGUGGUGCCUGUGUCUUAACAAACUGGUUCAUGGCAUUUCUGGUAACCAAAGAAUUCUAUGACUUCAUGGUUCUCCUGACCCCUUAUGGUACGUUCUGGCUGUUCUCUGCUACCUGCCUUCUCAACGUGCUCUUCACUAUACUUUGCAUACCUGAAACCAAAGGAAAGACCCUAGAAGAGAUAGAGACUUACUUCCAGGGAUCACGUCAACCAUCUGCAUUCUGAGGGAGGGAAUCUGCAGUCUUUCCUGUAGGAUUUUAUCAAGGGCGUCGACUGAUGGGGCCAAAAUCUCCCUGUUUCAAGGAGAUUCUCAUGUAUUUCAUGAGGUGCCGACAG